AUGUCAUCUCUCUUCAAAUAUUCUGUGGUUCUGCGGAUCAUCAAGAAUAUUGAGAAGACAGCUCUGCUCUCUGAGCAUGUCAAUCUGCUUGCUGCUGAGGUGAAACCCGAGGCAGUAGAUCAGAAAAUGCAGGAUUUUGAGACACAGAUUGAUCUGGCUGAAGAGAAGCAGUGA